UGGCUGCUCUGAAAAGCCAUCUUUGCAUUGUUCCUCGUCCGACUGCUUGCUCUCCGCAGCCGCCUCCGCCGCGCGCCUACUUCGCCAUCGCGGACUCCGGCAGCUUAAUCGCCAGAGUCCUUGAACUCUCGCUUUUUCUUAAAUACCCCGCAUCGGAUCACCGGCGUGACCCACCAUGUCAGACGCAGCGGUAGACACCAGCUCCGAAAUCAACACCAAGGACUUGAAGGAGAAGAAGGAAGUUGUGGAAGAGGCGGAAAAUGGAAGAGACGCCCCUGCUAACGGGAAUGCGAAUGAGGAAAAUGGGGAGCAGGAGGCUGACAAUGAGGUCGAUGAAGAAGAGGAAGAAGGUGGGGAGGCAGAGGAGGAGGAGGAAGAAGGUGAUGGUGAGGAGGAGGAUGGAGACGAAGAUGAGGAAGCUGAGUCUGCUACGGGCAAGCGGGCAGCUGAAGAUGAUGAGGAUGAUGAUGUCGAUACCAAGAAGCAGAAGACCGACGAGGAUGAUUAGACAGCAAAAAAGGAAAAGUUAAACUAAAAAAAAAAAA